AUGGCCAGACAUAACCGGCGACAGACCAAUACUCAGCCUGCCCAAUCUACCUCAUCAACACCAUUUACCUACCAACCCAUCAGUCAUAAUAGUAAUCAUAACAACAAUAACAAUAACAAUAACAAUAACAAUCAACCUAAACGACCUCGUCCUUCAGCCAAUGAGAGAGUUCUUCAAGAACUUCGAUCCAGAACCGCGUUGCGGCAUUCAAGCAUGGACCCAAACAGUAACAUCCAAGAUGGACAAGAGAUCGAGGUGACGAGAUUUGAAAUACACGACCGAGCCUACCGACCGCAAUCAGUCUACGUGUUUCCAUUUGGCGAGGACUCCUCAGACGAGACGCUUCGGACGAUGAUCGAGAAUGUCUUGCAAGAUAGUCUCAUCAUCACGGCCUGUCGACCACCCUUAAGAUUAGUGUCCCCAGGCCGACGUCCUUGA